AUGGUGGCUGGUAUGGCGGCAGCGGCCUGCGGCCACGGCAUGCUGUGGGAGCCCCCCAACAGGGGGUCGCUCUGGAGGUUCGGCUACGAGACGCCCGUCAACUACGACGACAACGCGCAGUUCUGCGGCGGCUUCCAGGCGCAGUGGCAGAAGAACGGCGGCCGGUGCGGGGAGUGCGGCGACGACUACUCGCUGGAGAGGCCGCGCCCGCAGGAGAACGGCGGCGAGUUCGGCCUGUCCGUCAUCGCAGCCACGUACGAACGCGCUAGCGUCAUAAACGCUACAGCGCUAAUAACGGCGAACCAUAUGGGCUACUUCGUCUUCCGCCUUUGUCCGCUCGAAGAGGAAGGCCAGCUGGAAACGGAGGAAUGCUUCUCCAAGUGGCCGCUGUCUCUCACAGAUGGCAGCACCGAGUACGUGCUGCCGUCCAACGACACGGGCUACUACUCCGUGGAGCUGCAGCUGCCAGAGGACCUCGAGUGCAAACAGUGCGUCCUCCAGUGGACCUAUGUCGCAGGCAACAACUGGGGCGUGUGUGACGACGGAACGCAAGGCCUGGGCUGCGGGCCGCAGGAGACGUUCCGCACGUGCACCGACAUCGCCAUAGCGUGAGUCCCUGCAUCCGCCUCGCGGAUCGCGGACGUGGGCUGCACGCCUGCCGGACCUCACUGGACGCUCACUGGGAUGUCAGCACAGCCACAGAUCAUCUAUUCUGUGGUACAGCAGAGGCGGCGUCAUCUUCUGGUCUCCGCUAACCGAGACGAGAGCAUCAAGUGAUGCCCACUGCAGUCGUCGCCCCCAGGCAACUCCUACACUCUCAGGGAAUAGCGACUACCAAAGAUACCUGUA